UGCCCCUUCCAGGCGAUGCGUCGUUUGUAGUUUAAUUGGACUCUGCUAAUUCGGCAACCUACACAGUUACGCCAAACCCAGCCCUUUUCACACAGCAUAAAAGCCAAGACAAAAGCAGACAGACUUGAGUAAAGUCUCAGGAGAUCUCUGAUUAUUAAGCCUUUAGCUAAAGACACACCAUGACUUCUCCAUCUGUACUUGCUGGAUUGUUGGCGGUGUUUCUUCUUCCAUUCUGUGCUGCUCAAGCAACUUGCAGAGGUCGCUGUGGAGAGCCAUUCUCAAGGGGCCGGGUCUGCCAUUGCGACUACAGUUGUCUGUUCCAUAAUGAGUGCUGUGAAGAUUUUGAGUCUACAUGCACCACAAGUGGCUCUUGUGUAGGACGAUGCGGUGAGCCCUUCAAGCGCGGUCAACAGUGUGACUGUGAUCCCAACUGUGUCCUCUACAACCAGUGCUGCCCUGACUUCCAGACUCAGUGCAAUGCGGAACCUCCUAAGAACAAGCCAGUGAAGAAGCCAGAUAUGAAACUUGAGGCACCUCUAACACCUACCAGUGAGAGUGAGGAAAUGAUCACAGAGGAGUUUGUGAAUGAGUUUCCAAACUCCCUUGCUGCUCCUAUCCAGCAACCAGAAGAAACAGCUGAGGAAACACCAGUCCCACCCAUCAAGGUUCUUGUGGCUCCCCUGGGCCCAAAGAAUACAGUUGGGUACGAGCCCAUACGGGUUGUGGUACAGGAAGUGUCACCUUCACAUGAUGGAGCCAUUCACGGUUCGGAUCCAGCAGUACCAGAACUAGGAGCUGCUGCCCCAGCAACAUUGCCGGCUGGUCUUCAGCCAAUUGCUGUGAUCAUCGGAGACACAGACCAUCAGCUGGCUCCAUCCAGCCCAGCAGUGGGCCCCUUUGGCCCUGACUCCACCUCAGGGAAGCCCCCCGCCACCGUCUCUCUGGAAGUCAGAGUCUCCGCUUCCAAAACAGCUAAAAACCCAGAGCGAACCGGCACACUAGCAGAUGUCGCCGAAGCCCUUGCGUCCGGUAACCCCGAUGGCUAUCUUGCAAACGACGCCAACGAGACAGACCUCUGUAAUGGCCAGCCCAUUAAUGGAGUGACCGUUCUACUCAAUGGAACUAUGGUUGUCUUCAGAGGUCACCUCUUCUGGACUCUAGAUGUUAACUUUACACCCAGUCCUGCUCGCAGGAUCACAGAAGUGUGGGGGGUCCCCUCACCUAUUGAUGCAGUCUUCACCCGCUCCAAUUGCCAAGGCCAGACCUAUAUCAUCAAGGGGAACAAUUACUGGAGGUUUGAAAAUGGUGUAAUGGAUCCAGGUUACCCCAAGACCCUUUCUGUUGAAUUUAACGGCCUGUCUGGGAAGAUUACGGCAGCUCUGUCUGUGCCGGCCACCAGGAGGAGGCCAGAGUCCAUAUAUUUCUUCAAAAAAGAGGGCCUCGUACAGAGAUACUCCUAUGAAGCUGGAGCCAUGCCUACCUGUGGAAAGAAGUUCCCCACCUACAGUGGCGAAAAGUCCCCCGCAGGAGAAGCAGAGAUCGGCCUGGGUAAUGAGAUCAACAUAAAACUGACAUGGAAAGGAUUCCCGUCCCCCGUGACCACCGCUGUGUCCACACCUAAUCCACGCAAAUCUGAGGGAUACGACUACUGUAUCUUCUCUAAUGACAAGUACCACAACAUUAAAGUCGUCGGAGAUCGGCUGGCACCGGUCUCUCCUCUGCCCCGUGGUGCCAAGAACACGGAACGCCACUGGCUGAGAUGUCUGUAGAUGGCGCUGAAGAAUGACCAGAAGAAACAGCUGCAUCCCACCAUUCUCAGUUUUUAUUAAUAAAAUUAAACUUGGCUUCAUCUGCUUCGUAAGGAUUACGCAGACAAAAAGAAAAAGAAAAAAAAAAAAACCAAUGCUUUAAGCAUAAUUAUGCUGAUAAAAAAAAAUACAACAAACAAAAGAUCUGUAAUGAAAGCUUCAAGCACGAUCGGAGUUCUAGACUGAUGUGGUUCUUCUUCAGCGCAGAGCCGAGAUGUUAACGCAUAUUUCCUCUGGUGAACUGUCCCCAUCCGCCUCGCGGAUAGGUCAUGCCUGUGGGACAGAGCAGCCAUUUGAAUGGGAUAGUUGCUGGAAUGCUGCACUGGCAAUCCUUAUUGCUGCAAGAAGAACUUUUCUAGAUACGAGAUUAAAAUCAGAUCAAUGCUGGCACUAAGGCUACGUUUGUGGGGGUUUUUUUUUCUCAUGUGCCUCCUGUUCCAAUAAACUUAACGCUUUCAAA